AUGUCUUACGGAAGCAAGGCUGCUGAGAGACUUGCCAACAAAGUCAUUCUCAUCACAGGAGCCUCUGCCGCGGCAGGAAUUGGCGCUGCCACAGCUAGAGAAUUCGCCGAAGCUGCUCAUGGAAAUAUCAAAUUGAUCUUGACUGCGAGAAGAAAGGACAAAUUGGACGCCUUGGCAAAAGAAUUGACCGACAAGUACGACAACAUCAAGGUCCACACUGUUGCACUCGAUGUGACGAAGUUGGAAUCAAUUGGUCAGUUCGUCAAGGAUCUUCCUCAGGAAUUUGCUGACAUCGAUGUCUUGGUCAAUAACGCUGGUUUGGCCUUGGGAAGAGACCCAAUCGGUGAAAUUUUGCCCGAAGAUAUCCAGGGCAUGUUCCAGACCAAUGUUCUCGGUUUAAUCACCUUGACCCAAGCAGUCUUGCCCAUCUUCAAGGCUAAGAACUCAGGAGAUAUCGUCAACUUGGGCUCAAUCGCUGGUAGAGAUCCUUACCCUGGUGGAGGAAUCUACUGUCCAACUAAGGCUGCAGUCAAGUCAUUUUCUCAUGUGUUGAGAAAAGAACUCAUCAACACCAGAAUCAGAGUUUUGGAAGUGGACCCCGGUAAUGUCGAAACCGAGUUCAGUAUCACUAGAUUCAAAAAUGACGUCGAUAAGGCGAAAGCUGUGUAUGCUAACACCGAACCUUUAGUGGCUGAGGACAUCGCCGAAGUCAUUGUAUUCGGUAUCACCAGAAAGCAAAACACCGUUAUAGCCGAAACUUUGAUCUUCUCGACCAACCAGGCCUCCGCUUCCCAUUUGUACAAGGGUCAGGUCUGA